AUGAUGUAAUUGAAAAUUAAUAUUAGUUUUAAGAAUAGUAAGCAACAAGAAAGUUAGUUAAUUGUUUUGGGAUUGAUAUUUUAUGUUUUGCCAAUAGUUAUUGUGGAGUUUUGUUAAAACAAAAUUAAAAAUUAAAAAAGGCUUGUAAUUUGGGUUUAAUUAUUUCUGCAUUUUCAUUUUAGAAGUAGAAAUUAUUAAUAGUCAGAAAUAAACCAUUAAUAUUGACUGUUAGCAUAAUACUAAUGUAAGGUUUUAAAGUAUGUAGAUUUAUUUUUAUUUUCUUUUAGUAGAGUAUGGUCAAUUGA